AUGGCAAAAACAACUAGGAAAACGGGGCAAACCUCUGGUAAUGCGCCAACCCAUCCUCCUCCACAAGGUGUGGUUGAGGAUGAGACACAAGUGGAAUUGGAAGAGGAGGAGAUGGAUUAUGAAACUUUGAGAACGACUCUGAUUCAAAGGGAGAUUGAUAGGCAGCACCAAGAGCUGAAUGAGCAGCAGGCUGACAUGGACCGCCGGCAGAGGGAUGCCACUGCCGCCUUAGAGGAAGCCAUUCAGUUGGCCCGAGGACAACCUGCACCUGCCUCCCAACUGGAUCAGCCACCUAGUACUCACCCACAACAAAAUCCACAGUUAGAUCAUCCCCAACAUUACCACAAUUCGCCACAACCGGCAAACCCUCAGAGGCCAGAGCAACCCCCUACUGCUCAACAGGAUAGGUCGUUCCAGGAUCCUGAGCAGCAACCAUCAUAUCGCGCUGGUCAAGAUAACCCUCAGCAACAAAGGCAGAAUAGGUGGUUAACCUCUUGUGCUCUUGCAAGAACCCGUUGGCCUAGGUUUGAGACUGAUGUUGCAGCCUGA